AUGGAUUCCAAUAUGGUAAAAGCUGAUAAGGCUCAUGCAGUUUGUAUUCCAUGCCCAGUUCAAAGCCACAUAAAGGCAAUGCUCAAAUUUGCAAACCUUCUCCAUGGCAAAGGUUUUCACAUAACCUUUGUCAAUACUGAGUUCAACCACAAACGUUUUCUGAAAUCUGGAGGUCUCAACUCCUUAGAUGGGUUGCCUGACUUCCAAUUCGAAACCAUUCCAGACAGCCUUCCUCCUUCGGAUUCCAAUGCUACCCAAGACAUUGAUGCUCUUUGCAAAUCUAUUAUGGAAAACUUCUUGGCUCCAUUUUCAAACAUCCUCCUCAAACUCAACACUACAAUCGCUUCAAACAAUCCUCCAGUCACUUGCAUUAUUGCAGAUGGUUUCAUGGCAUUCACUCACACUGCUGCUCGAGAGCUUGGAAUCCCUCUUGUAAUGCUCUUCACCAUCUCUGCUUGCAGCUUAAUGGGUUUUAUGCAGUUUCCUUUUCUCAGGGACAAAGGCCUCACACCCCUUAAAGAUGAGAGUUAUUUGACAAAUGGGUACCUAGACACAGUUUUAGACUGGGUUCCAGGUAUGAGAGAAAUCCGAUUGAGAGAUCUCCCAACUUCUAUUCGUACUACAGAUCCAAAUGAUGCUUUCUUCAAAAUGGCUGCUGAUGCAGUAGAGAGAGCUCCUAAAGCUUCAGGAGUCGUUGUUCACACAUUUGAUGCAUUAGAGCAGGAAGUUUUGGAUGCUCUCUCCCCCAUGUUUCCUUGUGUAUAUGCCAUUGGCCCUCAACAACUACUACUCAAUCACUCAUCCAAUGACUCUCUGAAAUCAAUUGGGUAUAGUUUAUGGAACGAAGAAACUGAGUGCCUCGAUUGGCUUAGCUUUAAGGCACCCAACUCAGUGAUUUAUGUGAAUUUUGGCAGCAUUGCUGUCAUUACACCACAACAACUAGCUGAGUUUGGUUGGGGACUUGCAAAUAGCAAGCUCAUUUUUUUAUGGAUAAUUAGGCUUGAUUUAGUUGUUGGUGAUUCUUUGAUUUUGCUGCCUGAGUUUGUGGAAGAAACUAAAGGAAGAGGACUAAUAUCUAGUUGGUGCCCUCAAGAGGAAGUGUUGAACCACUCCUUCAUUGGAGGGUUCUUAACUCAUUGUGGGUGGAAUUCAAUUACUGAAAGUGUUAGUGCAGGAGUGCCCAUGCUUUGUUGGCCCUUCUUUGGGGAUCAACAAACAAACUGCAAGUAUGUUUGCAAUGAAUGGGGCAUUGGCAUGGAGAUUUGUAAUGGUGCCAAGAGUGGGGAAGUAGAAAAGAUUGUGAGGGAGUUCAUGGAUGAAAAGAAGAAUAAGGAAAUGAAGAAAAAGGUCAUGGAGUGGAAAAAAUUGGCAGAAGAGGCAACUGGUCCACAUGGGUCUUCAUCCAUCAACUUAGACAAGUUGGUGAAUGAAGUGCUUUUAUUAAAUUUAUAG